GCUCACACCCAGCCAGCUGUCUGCCGGUCUGACAACCGCCGCCUCAGGCCGCCCUCAUCGCCCGCCCUGGGGACGCUCCGAGGCCGCCGUCGCCUUCACCCCCGCCGCUGCCCGCUUCGCGGCCUCCGCUUCAUUGUCGCCUUCAUUCUGGCCUUGGUGCCCCUGCCGCCAGCCAUGAUGCCCGCGGGGCCCUCACAGGUGUGCCAGAACUACCACCCCGACUGCCAGGCCGCCAUCAACAGCCACGUCACCCUGGAGCUCCACGCCUCCUACGUGUGCCUGGCCAUGGCCUUCAACUUCGACCGCGACGACGUGGCCUUGAAGCACUUCGCCCGCUUCUUCCUGCGGCGCUCGCGGCAGCUGGGGGAGCGGGCCGAGAGCCUGAUGCACCUGCAGAACCAGCGCGGGGGCCGCCUCUGCUUCCACGACAUCAGGAAGCCAGACCGCGACGCCUGGGAGAGCGGCCUCCAGGCCAUGCAGUGCACCUUGCGCCUGGAGAAGGGCAUCAACCAGAGCCUGCUCCACCUGUACCAGCUGGCCAGCGACAAGAGCGACGCCCACCUGUGCCACUACCUGCAGCGCCACUGCCUGAACCAGCAGGUUCCCAAGGGGGACCUAGUGAAAAAGGUGAAGAAGAAGACCGGAGGGUCUUUUGGCAAGCCUACUUGGUUUCGGGACAGUCCCCGGAUGCAGGACUCCUGCUGGCACAGCAGCGCUCAGUGA